AUCCCUCUCCUUAUGUUUGUGGGACAAAACAGAAGAUCUCGCCGGACACGAGGAAGAUGAGUUCACGGCGAGGAGCGCCGAAGCACCAGAACAAGUUCGCGUGGAAACCAAACGCUGGAGUCAAGAUCAACGAAACGGAAGUCGGUGGUCGGUUCAGACCGUUGUCGGAUAUCACCGGAGUUUGUCCUCGUUGUCGGGAGCAGAUCGAUUGGAAGCGCCGUUACGGCAAGUACAAAACCCUAACGGAACCCGCCAAAUGUCAGAAGUGUACGAAGCGCAAUGUUCGUCAGGCGUACCAUAAGUUAUGCAAUGGUUGUGCCAAGGAGCAGAACGUGUGUGCUAAGUGUUGCUGUCGUGUUGAUCAAAUUGUCGGAAGAGAUGUUUCGGAAGUUGAGGCUGAGCAGAAGAUGCUGGAAGAGGCUAUCAAGAAUGCUAGGGAAAGAGAUAGGAGAUCGCUUUUGCGCGCUAUGAACAAGGAGAACAAUCCCAAAAAGUCGGAUAAAGCUCCAACCAGGAACGACGGCAAGGUCGGCGACAUAUUUCCUUCGAUAUCUCUCGAAGAGUAUGCAAACUCGGGAAGAAUCAGCAAGAUCGGUAAUAGUAGUGUCCGCGAUCAAGACCAUGAUGACGAUGACGACGAAGAAGAAGAUGCUAGUGGACCUGACUCCGAUGAGGAUCAUGCCGUUGAUGAUGCAGAGGAGCCUUACUCUCAACAACAUGAGUGAACUCCCAAAUUUUGGAACAACUAUACACUAGUGUUUUGUUUAUGUUAUUUCAUAUAUUAUCCAUUCAGAUCAUGACAGUCAUGGACAUAACUAUGUUUAAUUCGUGAAUAAGGUAAUGAAUGUAAGAAUAUCCUAUAUAUUGAUUCA